AGAUGCUUCAGGCUCUCCGCGUGUCAAUUUCACUUCUCUUAAAUUACUUGAUCUGAGUCACAACUCCAUGAAUUCAUCUAUUCCUCCUUGGUUUCAAAACUUGAGCAAACUCGAACAUCUUGAUUUAAGUUUUAAUCAUCUCCAAGGCAUAUUCCCCACUGUUAUCCUUGAAAAUAGACGGUGGUUUAGAUUCCUUGAUGUCUCUAAAAAUAGGCUGGAGGGUGAGCUUUUAAAAAACAUGAGCAAUUUCUGCAACCUGCAAGUGCUAAACUUGCGUUCUAACAAAUUUAGUGGGAGGAUUUCGGACACCAAAGAUGGUGCUUUGAUUUGUCAACGAAGUUACAUGAAGACUAUUGAUGUUUCCGGCAACAAUUUCAGUGGUCACCUACCCAAUCAAUUUGGUAAUUUCAAAGAUCUAAAAUUCCUUGAUCUUUCAAGGAACGCGAUUUCAGGUCCUAUUCCCGCUACUGUGGGCCAGCUAUCGUCUUUGAGAAAAUUGGACCUCUCUUCUAACAAAUUGAGCGGGAACAUUCCAGAAAGUAUUGGACGACUAUCCAAUCUAGAGGUGAUGGACAUCAGUGAUAAUCAAUUGGAUGGAGUUGUUAGCGAACUUCACUUUGCCAAUCUCACCAGCUUGACUGAGUUGUACUUUCAUUUGAAUGAACUUGUUAUAAAUGUUAGCGCAUCUUGGGUUCCACCUUUCCAAAUUCAAGUGAUUUUCAUGUCCAAUUGCAAAGUGGGACCAGGAUUCCCAAGUUGGCUUCGAACGCAAAGGAACAUUUCGGUAUUAUACAUGUCAAAUGCUAGCAUCUCAGAUGAAGUUCCCUAUUGGCUACCUGAAGUUUUGUCCAACACAAAACGAUUGGAUCUUUCGAGCAACAUGCUCAGAGGCAACAUAUCUCGAAUUAUUGGAAAAAAGAUUCCACUAUUAAGGCUAGUAUCACUUUCUAGAAAUAACCUCAGUGGUGGCAUUCCAAGUUCAUUAUGUACGUCAGAUGAAUUGUCUUUUAUUGAUCUCUCUAAGAACCAAUUGUCUGGGGGACUUCCCCGAUGCUGGAGGAAGUCGCAAGCAAAUUUGGAAUGGAUUUCAUUGGGAGACAACAAGUUAAAUGGUCAGAUUCCAUACUCACUAUGCCAUUUGGAGCGAUUAGGAGUUCUGGACCUACAUGAAAAUGACUUGAAUGGAGUGCUACCAAAAUGUUUACUAAAGCUAGAUUUGGUAAACCUUGAUCUUAGUGACAACCAAUUCACUGGUAGAAUACCUUCAUUUGGACGACACUCUCGAUCAUUUAGGAUAAUCGAUCUUGAGAGAAAUUACUUCACCGGGGACAUUCCUUUGCAGCUCUGCCAUCUUGCUAAUCUCCAGUAUUUAAGCUUAGCGCAUAACAACCUUUCUGGAGGCAUUCCUCCUUGUUUCAACAACUUCUCGCUGAUGUGGGCCAAUUCCACUUUUACUCCAUAUGGGAGAUUCUCGCUGGGCUUUUCCAUUAUGGUUGAUAUAAAAGGAACAAUCCGAGAAUUCACCACCACACUUCGAUAUUUAUUUUCCAUGGACCUUUCAAACAACACAUUAUACGGAAAAAUACCGGAAGGGUUGACUUGGCUUGCUCGACUUCAAAAUUUGAAUCUCUCUCAAAAUAAGCUCAUAGGAGAAAUCCCUGCUGAUAUUGGGAACUUGAUAAAGUUAGAAUCACUUGAUCUAUCCAAUAACAAGCUAUCAGGUGGAAUCCCUCCUAGCAUAUCCAAUUUAGACUCUCUAGGUUGUUUGGAUCUUUCCUUCAACAAUUUAUCUGGUCGUGUUCCAUUAGGCAAUCAUCUAACCACCUUGGACUAUUUUUAUCGCGGCAACGAUGGACUUUGCGGAGCUCCUCUUUUGAAAGUUUGUCCUGGAGAGGAGCAUGAUGAUAAGGACGGACGAGAUGGUCACAAUACAAUCGAAGAUGAGUCUAAUGACUGCGACUCCAUUGUUGUUGGGUUAUACUCGGGAUUGGGACCAGGUUUCAUAGUGGGAAUCUUGGGAUUCUGUUGUAUAUUACAUCUCAAGCAAUCUUGGAGGAUUUCCUAUCUUCGGGCAAUGGAUAGGUUUAUCGUAAAACUGUUAAUCAUGAGGAUGAUUACCAUGCUUUGGUUCAAGAGAGCUUUUCAGUUCCGACUACGCAAAUAA